CAUGGCUGCCGGACAUUCGCGUCCUUGUUGUCAGAGAAAUUAAUCUUCGUCUCGUUUUGUUUCUUCUAAUCAAAAUAUCCUCACAUUGGAUUUAAAAUAAGACGAAGAAGGAAACAAUUUCUUUAAAAUCUUAAGUUGAUCAUGGACAUUGGAUUAAAUGAGCAUCAUCAACAAAUUGUCGUAAACUACCUCAGGUUUGCACGUUAUGGGCGAGGACAGAGACUCAGGGGAAUAGAUGCAUCUUUUGAGGAACUAAAAGACAGCAGACUUGUAGAAGACACGUACACCCUUGAUGAAGUGACAGACAUGUUAGAUGGCCUUUGUGCAGUGGUGAGAGGAGAGGUUGAAUCUGAACUGAUUAAUGCUGCACACACUAAUGUUCUUCUUCUGAGGCAAGUGUUUAGUCAAGCUGAGAAAUGGCAUUUGAAGCUGCAGGCUGACAUAUCAGAACUGGAAAAUAGAGAGCUAAUAAAUGAAAUUGCAAAGUUUGAAGAAAGGGAAUUCUCUCCUGGUGCACCAAGCUCACAGACUAAGUUGUCUAAACUGUCCCAAGCCUCAAAGCUAGAACCUUUAAAUGAAGGAGGAGGGGCAGCAUUACUUCAGAUUGAAAUUAACCGGUUGAAUGAAGAAAAUUCAAAGCUCAGAGAUCGCAUCAAAAUUUUGGAGGGAAAGGCAACAAGUGCCAUUGGAGAAAAAAGUAAACUUCAAGCUGAUCUAGAAAGCACCCAGGCAGCUUUGAAAGCAAAAGGCAAUGUUAAGGGUUAUGGCAAAGAACUUGCUGACCUAGAGGAACAGAUGGCUGCAACUAAAUUAGAUCUGAAAAUGACAAAAGAAAAGGGCUCUACUCAUUCUGCAUCAUUGCAUGAUGAAUUAACAAACUGUAAGCAUGAGAUGCUAAAGCUUCAACAUGAAUUAGAAGAAGCACAAAAGGAUCUUACCAAGAAAUUUAAUGAAACAACUCAAUACAAGAACAUGAAGCAGAUGUUGACUUCAAAGAACGACCAGAUUAAAGAUUUACGGAGUCGUUUACGCAAAUAUGAACCUGACACCUGAAAAAAUGGUGUGUGAUUUGUGGCAUCCAAAGGGAAUUCAGUGAACAUAUUCUACAUAACAUCCAGCUGUACUAAAAAGACCUACUAGUGACUUAAGUUCUGACUAUUUUGUGGUGUUCUGACUGAGAAAAAGUUCACUGAGUAAUUUCUGAAGUUUUUUAACUCUGUAGAAGUAUUACAAGUGAUCUUGUAAUUGUUUUUUUUUUAUUGAACAUUUAUUUAGUAAUAUUACUGAUAAAAAUUAUGUACAUGAGGUGAUAUUAAAAGUGAAAACACAAAAUGAAAAUGGUAAUUGAAUGAAAGCAAGUCAAAGAAGUGCAAAGGAAUUAACAUUUUAAUGUUUGUCUUUCUGAUAUUAAUGAAGAUAUUAUUUAUUACAUGUAUGUGUUUUCGUCUUUUUAUGUCUUGAAUAAUAAACCAGGCAUAGUAUUGUGUGCAUAGA